AUGGCAACUUCAAGUACGAGUCCCAAGAAAUCCUCAUUAGCCUCCUCGACGUCCUCGGUAGGCCGCCCACCGCAGGCGGUAAAAUUUGGACGCCGAACAUCAAGCGGGCGUGUCCUAAGCCUUUCACGGGACGAUGACAUGGAUUUGUCAGGGGACUUUUCAGGCAACAAUGACUACAUCAACUACACGGUUCUUAUGCCGCCGACACCCGACAACCAGCCAAUGGAGGCCUCUUCUGGGGGUUCUGCCUCCGCUGACUCCAAACCUGAUGCUCCCGGACCAUACGGGGGGGUGUCAGCUAGAGUAGGCAUGACUAGAAGGGUGGGGAACGAUCAAGAAGGAGGCAUCAGUGGAGCAGCAAUGGAGGGAAUGGACCGAAGAAUGUCGGUGAUGCAAUCCAACAAAUCAAUACUGUUAAGGAGCCAAACUGGGGACUUCGAUCAUAAUCGAUGGCUGUUUGAGACAAAAGGGACGUAUGGUAUUGGUAACGCCUUCUGGUCUAAAGAUGAUGAUGACUAUGGACAUGAUGGAGUGUCCAUGUCUGAUUUUUUGGACAAGCCAUGGAAGCCACUGACCAGGAAGCUCCAGGUUCCAGCUGGUAUUCUUAGUCCUUACAGGCUACUGGUGCUGAUCCGACUAAUAGGAUUGUUACUCUUCAUUGUGUGGCGAAUCCGAAAUCCCAACAGAGAUGCCAUGUGGCUGUGGGGGUUGUCCACUGUAUGUGAGACUUGGUUUGCCUUCUCCUGGCUUCUAGAUCAGCUCCCCAAGCUCAACCCAAUCAACCGCUCCACCGACCUUGCUGCCCUCCACGACAAGUUCGAGCAGCCCUCCCCUUCCAACCCCCAUGGCCGCUCUGACCUCCCCGGCGUUGAUGUCUUUGUUUCCACGGCCGACCCAGAAAAGGAGCCCCCUCUUGUCACUGCCAACACUAUUCUCUCUAUCCUUGCUGUAGACUACCCCGUUGAGAAGCUAUCUUGCUACAUUUCUGAUGAUGGGGCUGCGAUUCUCACCUUCGAAGCCAUGGCAGAAGCUGUCAACUUUGCGGAGGUUUGGGUUCCCUUCUGCCGGAAGCAUAACAUUGAGCCAAGAAAUCCAGACAGUUACUUCUCUCUUAAAUCAGAUCCCACGAAAAACAAGAAGCGGCCUGAUUUCGUGAAGGAUCGACGCUGGAUCAAGAGGGAAUACGAUGAGUUCAAGGUCAGGAUCAAUGGCCUACCUGAAGCAAUACGGAGGCGGUGCGAGACCCAUAACAAUAACGAGGAGAUGAAGGAGAAGAAGCUUGCUAGGGAGAAGAAUGGUGGAGCACCCCUAACGGAGCCCGUCAAUGUCGUCAAGGCCACUUGGAUGGCUGAUGGCACCCAUUGGCCCGGAACUUGGUACUCCCCAAUUGCGGAUCAUUUCAAGAGCGAUCAUGCUGGAAUCUUGCAGGUGAUGAGUAAAGUCCCGUCUCCUGAUCCAGUAAUGGGGCACCCAGAUGAUAAGGUCUUGGAUUUCACGGGUGUCGAUAUUCGAAUUCCUAUGUUUGCUUAUGUCUCAAGAGAGAAACGACCUGGGUAUGACCACAAUAAGAAGGCUGGAGCCAUGAACGCCAUGGUUAGAGCUUCGGCAAUACUUUCUAAUGGACCUUUCAUACUCAAUUUAGAUUGUGAUCACUAUGUGUAUAAUUCAAUGGCUGUAAGGGAGGGAAUGUGCUUCAUGAUGGACCGUGGUGGUGACAGAAUUUGUUAUAUACAGUUCCCCCAAAGAUUCGAAGGCAUUGAUCCAUCUGAUCGAUAUGCUAACCAUAACACUGUCUUCUUUGAUGGAAAUAUGAGAGCUUUGGAUGGACUCCAAGGACCCGUAUAUGUGGGCACUGGCUGCAUGUUCCGAAGAUAUGCGCUCUAUGGGUUUCAUCCACCAAGGGCCAAUGAAUACUCAGGCAUAUUUGGGCAGAUUAAAACCAGCGCUCCUAAUAUUCAGGCCCAGCAAGCUGAGAAAGAAGAUGGGGAGCUGGAGCCCCUAAGUGGGCAUCCUGACUUAGACUUGCCCAAAAAGUUUGGCAAUUCAAGUUUGUUCACGGAGUCUAUAGCAGUAGCGGAGUUUCAAGGAAGACCGCUUGCUGAUCACCUGUCUGUAAAGAAUGGCCGUCCUCCUGGUGCAUUGCUAGUUCCACGUCCACCCCUAGAUGCACCAACUGUUGCUGAGGCUGUUGCUGUUAUCUCCUGCUGGUAUGAGGAUAAUACUGAAUGGGGAGACAGGAUAGGUUGGAUUUAUGGAUCAGUGACAGAGGAUGUGGUCACCGGUUACCGAAUGCACAACCGUGGAUGGCGGUCUGUCUACUGCAUCACAAAACGCGAUGCCUUUCGAGGCACUGCACCCAUCAACCUUACUGACCGCCUGCACCAAGUCCUCCGGUGGGCCACUGGUUCAGUGGAGAUCUUCUUCUCUCGAAACAAUGUGCUUCUUGCAAGCCGGCGUCUCAAGUUCUUGCAGCGCGUUGCCUACCUUAAUGUUGGCAUCUACCCCUUCACUUCCAUCUUCCUAGUUGUCUACUGUUUCCUCCCGGCUCUCUCCCUUCUCACUGGACAGUUUAUCGUUCAAUCCUUAAAUACAGCAUUUCUCUCCUAUCUCCUCACCAUUACAAUAACACUCGCUCUCCUUGCCCUUCUUGAAGUUAAAUGGUCAGGCAUCGGCCUAGAGGAAUGGUGGCGAAAUGAGCAAUUUUGGGUCAUCGGGGGUUCUAGUGCUCACUUGGCUGCAGUACUUCAAGGCCUCCUCAAGGUCUUAGCUGGUAUCGAAAUCCAUUUCACCUUAACCUCCAAGUCUGCUGCUGAAGAUGAAGAGGACAUUUUUGCUGAUCUUUAUGUCAUCAAGUGGACCAGCCUCUUCAUAAUGCCGCUAACUAUCAUGGUGGUCAACAUUGUUGCCCUUGUCAUUGGGAUCUCAAGGACGGUCUACAGUGUUCUCCCACAAUGGAACAAACUGGUAGGAGGAUCCUUCUUUAGCUUCUGGGUGUUGUCUCACAUGUAUCCAUUUGCAAAAGGGUUAAUGGGGAGGAGAGGAAGGAUGCCCACCAUUGUAUAUGUCUGGACCGGGCUUAUUUCAAUUACUGUCUCUUUGCUUUGGAUAUCAGUCAGCCCCCCAGAUGGUUAG